AUGGAAUCACGCUUCGGGUGGGUUGGUGACUCGAGAACCUGGGAACUCGAUACUGGGGCCCUUUCAAGUCGGUUGAUCCGAGAACAAAACCAACAGCACGAGUAUGGUUAUCACUUGAUGUCGGUACAGAAAUUUACGUGUGCCCAGCCGGGGGCCGAAUGGGCUGUUUGCGACUUCGAUGUUUUAGUUCAUAAAGAUGCUGAAAACGGGCAUCUGAGACAUAACCGCGGGCCUUGCUGUGCUUUGCGCGGCGGAAUCAAAGUCGGCAUAUUUUAUGUUCAUCUUUUCAAGAUUUCUUUGAAGAUAAACAUCUUUGGCCAUAAUAUGAAAGCUCGCGGCGGGCACAAGUCAUAA